UGCUCGGUCUCCAACAUCACCGUAAACUUCCGGGUUACGUCAGUGAAAUCCGGCUGCAGGUCGAUGUAGUAGUGUGGAUUAUUGGGACACGUACAUAUGGACAAAUUGACCGCGGUUCUAGCACGAGGACUUGCGCCAACAGAUGGAGCACUUGAGUGCGAAGUGCAAAGACUUAUUUAGAGAACCCGGACCUAUGUCGGAAACCUAGCUACUGAGGAAAACGACAACGUUACAAAGGAAAGGAAAGACCUGGUAUUUCAGGAGUUUUAGACGGCCAUUUUCUUUUCAGGUGUACCACAGCACUCAGCAGGCUCCAGCUGAACUGUAUAAAAGCUUUUGUUGUGGUUGAUGAUUUUCCGGCGUGUGGUUCUGAGAGCAGGAGUUUUCAGGCGCAGCCAGGCAGACAGCGGAGCCCAUCAGCAAGGAUCUGUGUAACUGGAGGAAGACUAAAACCAUGGAGCUGUUGGUAGUAAAGGGCCUGUGCCUGGGAGGCACGUUCAUCGGCCUCUUCAUUAUGACUAUCAUUCCACUCAAGUGUGUCGCUCGGCCACAGACAGACUUCGGACAGAGACAGCGGCGGACGUCGCGUGCGCUGGGCCUGAUGUCGUGUUUCGCUGGCGGAGUAUUCCUGGCCACGUGUUUUCUGGGCCUGUUGCCAACGGUCAGGGAGAAAGUGGAGAAUGCCCUGACCAUGAAGGACAUUAAAGUUAACUACCCGCUAGCCGAGACAGUCACUAUUGUUGGUCUGCUCCUGUCAGUGUUUGUAGAACAGGUGGUUCACUCCUGUCAGAAGAAACCCCAGAGAACAGGCUUACUGAAGAUGGAGACACUAGGCAGCAGUAAACAAACCAGUCGGCUGGGCAGAAGUAGCGAGUCGGACUCGGACAGCGAAUCCUCAUCAGAUGCAGAACAGCAGAGUUUACGUUACAGCACGCACAACGGCCACCUGCACCACGACCAUUUUGAGGGUGUGGGAGAGCUGAGUUCGUUCCGCUCCUAUGUGCUGCUUUUGGCGCUGUCUGUGCACUCUGUGUUCGAGGGGCUGGCCAUGGGCCUCCAGGAGGACAUGGGAGUAUUUGUGAACCUGUACAUAGGAGUGAUGAUCCACGAGUGUCUGGCAGCCUUCGCGCUGGGCGUGAACCUGGUCUCCGCUAACAUGAAGACGCCCACCGUGGUGAAACUGGCACUACUGUUCUGUGUCAUGGUACCGGCCGGCAUGGGCGCUGGGAUGGGCAUCCAGACCCAGCCAGGGUUUGUGACAGCAGUGAUCAGUGCAAUCCUCCAGGGGCUCGCCGCGGGCACGUUCAUCCAUGUCACGUUCUUCGAGAUCCUCGGGCGUGAGCUGGAAAAGGACGGGGACAGACUUCUCAAGGUGCUGUGUCUGACUGUAGGGUUCAGUAUCCUGGCUACACUGUCAUUUGUACUGCAGAGGUAGAAUACAUUAGACUGUAGUAACCCUCAGUAUUCCAUGGAUACCAUACAGCACUGGAUUUCUGCUGGACUCCUGGGAACUUGGGAUGCCCGAGGUUAACCAGCUUGCAUGUUGCAAUGAUACCGAUGAUGGACAAAAUGCUGGAUAUCAGUGCCUGUUUUCCGUGCAAUUUGCAACUUUCUGGCAAGUUUUUACCACAGUAGGAAAUGCUAAGUUAACAUGCUAUCCUGAUCAACAUAGUUACAGGUGUAGCAGGCUAAACAACACCCCUGGCAUUAAUUGGCCAAGUGCAUUCUUUCCAGGGCUGUUUUAUACCCUGCUACACCUGUAGUGAAGAUCCUGGCAUCGCCUUUGUCUUGAAAAUUAUUUUUAUCAAAUUAGGGUUGAAAAUUAGGGUUGAAAAACAUUCCAACAUUCCAUCUGCUACAAACAGAGCACAAGCACAUAACAUUAUGAAAUUCUGCAUCCGUCAUAAUGUGCAAGACAGAAACAUGCCACUUUUAAAAGCACACAGUAAGUGCCAGUACUGCUGGUAGGUUUAUUUGUUACAAAGCAAUUCUAUUGUUCAUGUAUAUUUGUACAGAUUAGAUUACUAGAUUACUAGACUAAGUGUACUAGUAUUGAAGUGCCAUUGAUGAUGACAAGAUGGUGUCAACCAUGUGCCAAUAGUUUUGUAAGUAUGUGAAGGAAACACUAGUUGGAAAUGCACAAUUUGAAUGUACUGUAAUAUCAACUGGUGUCUUCUUGUGAAUUCUUGCUUCCCAUUCAAAAGCAAAUAUAAAGGACUUUUCUAAUGUGUAUAAAACAUUGUGCCAUAUUCAGCUACAAUGUGGAGAGGUUGAAAAGUGCCUGAAAUGCCACUCAUAUUCAAUUGUUUAAAUUUCAUUAUUGAUAGUAUAUGUAGUUCUUGUGGGAGAUAAACACAUUAUAUAGAGAUUUUGUAGGAAUGAGAAAAAGGGCGAUUUUGUUUUCAGAAAUGAUCCAUCUCAGAAUGAUCUAAAAGCCCAGGCAAACAUCAUGUUGACUUAUUUGGUCAAGGAGGUUAAAAUAGGAAGGUUGGUAGGGUUUCUGUACACAUGUAUAGAAUCUUUACUGUACCCUUAUAAGUACAGAGAAAAUCAUUUUGAUAACACAAUGCUGCAGAAUGUUUUCUGGCAGAUGUUUGGAUGAUGAAACAGUCCCCACAACCCGAAUAUCAGGACAUACAACUACUGUGAUUCUUUGUAAUUGAUACUGACAUUUUUUAGUUUGAACUAAUUUGCAGAUUGCUGAUGGGCCAAAAUUUCAGUAUGCAAUGCUAGUCUUGGAUAAAAAUAUCAAAACUGUUCCAAAUUUCUCCUGGAACUGCAGAAAUCCUGAUGUUCUUCUGUUCAGAAUAAUCAAAAAUGCUGCGCAUAUAUAGUAAUGAAAAUUGGUCUAUAGGCUCAUCAAACCAAGAGGUGUGUUUCUAUCAAAUUUCACCUCUGAUAUCAUAAGCUCAGCCUAGAGGCUUUUAAGAAACUCAAUGAUGUACUUUUUUGUCAGUAUUUUCCUGUAAGUCCCUUGUGUUGCAUGUGGAAAUGUGUAUAUAUUUUGUAGUUUUUGUUUUCUGGAGGUGUAUGUAAUAUUCAGAUGAAUAGCUAUUAUAUUCAAGAGUACUUUAAAUAGAGCAUUUCAGUUUGAUAUUUGGAGCUUCUUUUAUGUCAUUUCACAUUGUUUUCUGUGUGUAUUUUCUCAACAAUUUCUAUAUUAUGCUGUUAUAUAUAUUUUGUCCUAGUUGGCCAACUUUGAUGUCAUGUGCUCUUGACAAAAUAAAACAAAUUAAUAUGUAGAUACAUAAAGAUUACACUAUGAUGAACACUUGAAAA